AUGACUUUGGAGAAGAAGCCAGUUCGGGCUCGUGAAACUGUGUCCCUUAGUCCUGGGACCCAGCCCAGUCCCACAGCCUCACUGAUUCUGCUGCUGCUGGCCGCACUGCUGUGGGUCCCUGCAGGGACCCUGACCUGCAUCGGGGACUCGGGCUGGCCAGUGGACUGGUUUGUCAUCUACAAGCUCCCUGUCAACUGUCAGAAUGACCCUGGGGAGCCCGUGCCCAACGGUCUUCGGCACAAGUACUUGGAUGCCAACACAGGCAGCUGGCAGGAUGGCGUGGGCCCCAUUGACAGCACACAGGGGGCCCUGGGCCUCAGCCUGAGACCACUCUACCGCCCUCACCCCCUGCAGCUCGCCUUCCUGCUCUACAAUGACCAGCCCCCAAACACCCUGCUCUGGCUGGUGCUCCUGGACCAAGUUGAAGGUUUCUGGCUGAUUCACAGUGUGCCCAGGUUCCCUCCACCUGCCCGAACUCACGCACACCACUGGCCCCAUGCGCUCCCAUACGGGCAGACGCUGCUGUGCGUGUCCUUUCCUCUGGCCCAGUCCGAAACAUUGGUGAGCAAACAGCUCACCUACACCUACCCCCUGGUGUAUGACAGUAAGUUGGACGGAAACUUCGGACAGCAGCUGCCUGAGCUGGCAGAGGUGAUUCAGGACAAGCACGUGCCUCAGCCCCCGUGGAACAGAAGUGUGACCCUCACAUCCAGGGCAGGCACCACCUUCCGGAGUUUCACCAAGUAUGCAAAGUUCGAAGCUGAUCUGUAUGCGGGCUGGCUGGCAGCAGCUCUCAGCAGCGAACUGAAGGUGCAGUUCUGGUGCCGGCGGGUCAUGCCCUCAGACUGUUCCAGCCUGUACCAUGUGUUUGAUGUCACCCAGAUCAGUUUUCCCCAUGGACCAACCUACAGCUCCACCAAAGACCACUCCAAGUGGUGUUUUGCCCAGGACAAGCCCUGGACCUGUGUGACUGACCUGAACCGGAACUACGGGGGGUACCUCCGAAGUGGGGGUGUGCUGUGCACUCAGAUGCCCAAUCUCUGGAAUGCCUUCAAGUCUCUGGUGGCCAGGUACCAACCCUGCCCACACCCCACACGAGACCGUCUCUCCAGACCUGUAUCCAACGCUCAUGGCCCCACCUGA